CUAGACGCUCGAGGCCUGCCUCUCUGGAGCGCUGGUUGGUGAUGGUUGCUGUCCGUCGGAGCGGCCGCCACCGCCGAUUGGGCAGCAGCUAGUUUCGCACGCUGAGUCUGAGCCCUGCCGCGCCGGACCCCCUAGCGGAGCAGGGACAGUCUCGGACCGGCGUGGGCAUUAGGAGCACCGCGGUCUGGGUGGUGCGGGCUGCCGGACCCGGCUGCGGAGCGCUGUCCGAGCGGCGGCUGGGCAGCACGGCGAUGAUCCUCGAGGAGAGGCCGGACGGCCAGGGCGCCGGAGAGGAGAGCGGCGUCCGCAAGGGCUGUGACCCCCUGAUGCAGACGCAGCAUGGCAGGCUGCAAAGCCGCAGGGCCCGGAUCUACCAGCAGAUCAGCAAGGAGCUGCAGAUGCGGACAGGCGCCGAGAACCUCUACAGAGCCACCAGCAACCACCGGGUCAGGGAGACAGUCGCCCUGGAGCUGAGCUAUGUCAACGCCAACCUGCAGCUGCUGAAGGAGGAGCUGGAGCAGCUUGAUGGCAGCGUGGACACGUGCCGGCAUGGGAGUGAAGGUGUUGCUGCCCCCAUGAUCCCCCUGGGUCUAAAGGAGACCAAGGAACUGGACUGGGCCACACCCCUAAAGGAGCUGAUCUCGGGGCACUUUGGAGAGGACAGCACCUCCUACGAGGCAGAGAUCAGGGAGCUGGAGGCCCUGCGGCAGGCCAUACGGAACCCCAGCCGGAACGAGGCAGGCCUGGAGCUGCUGGCAGCCUACUACAACCAGCUCUGCUUCCUGGACGCGCGCUUCCUCACCCCCGCCAGGAGCCUGGGGCUCUUCUUCCACUGGUACGACUCGCUCACGGGGGUCCCGGCCCAGCAGCGUGCCCUGGCCUUCGAGAAGGGCAGUGUGCUCUUCAACAUUGGCGCCCUCCACACGCAGAUCGGGGCACGCCAGGACCGCUCCUGCGCUGAGGGCACCAGCCGCGCCGUUGAGGCCUUCCAGAGGGCUGCUGGGGCCUUCAGCCUCCUGAGGGAGAACUUCUCCCAUGCGCCGAGUCCGGAUAUGAGUGCUGCCUUGCUCUGCGCACUGGAGCAGCUCAUGGCUGCCCAGGCCCAGGAGUGCGUCUUCGAGGGCCUCUUGUUGCCUGUCCCCGCGGCCCCCAGUGACGGCCCUGCCCAGCUGCGUCUGGCUCAGGAGGCUGCCCAGGUGGCAGCCGAGUACAGGCUUGUGCACCAGACCAUGGCCCAGCCACCUGUCCGUGACUGCAUGCCCGUCUCCUGGAAUGCCCUGGUGUGCGUCAAGGCCGAGUACUUCCGCUCCCUGGCCCACUACCAUGCUGCCGUAGCCCUCUGCGACGGCUCCCUGGUGGCCAAGGGAGAGCUUCCCACGCACAAGCAGGUCUUCCUCCAGCCUCCGGACUUCUGUGCACCCCAAGGACCUGCACUGCCACAGGAGCCCGAGAAGCGCAGGAGACUUGGCAAGGCCCACCUGAAACGUGCCAUCCUAGGGCAGGAGGAGGCGCUACGGCUGCACGCCGUGUGCCGCGUCCUGCGCGAGGUGGACCUGCUGCAGGCUGUAGUGGCCCAGGCGCUGCGGCGCUCACUGGCCAGGUACUCAGAGCUCGACUGUGAGGAUGACUUCUGCGAGGCUGCUGAGGCCCCCGACAUCCAGCCUAAGACCCACCACAAACCAGAGGCCAGGACACCCUGCCUGUCCCAGGUGAAGGUGGCUGACAUCUUCCACCGGCUGGGGCCCCUGUCCGUGUUCUCAGCCAAGAACCGGUGGCGACUGGUGGGGCCUGUCCAUGUGACCCGAGGAGAGAAUGGCUUCGGCUUCACGCUUCGGGGAGACUCACCCGUCCUCAUUGCUGCUGUCAUUCCAGGAGGCCAGGCUGCGGCAGCCGGACUGAAGGAGGGUGACUACAUUGUGUCGGUGAACGGGCAGCCAUGCAAGUGGUGGAAGCACACUGAGGUGGUGGCCCAGCUGAAGGGCGUGGGCGAGGCAGGUGUGAGCCUGCAGGUGGUGUCACUGCUGCCCGGCUCGGGGCCACCUGUCGCGGGGGACCGCUGGCCAGCCCUGCUGGGCCCCGGGGGACUUCUGAGGAGCCAGAGGGAGCGAGGUUGCAAGACGCCAGCGCCUGCUCGGGCCAGCCCCCGGCCCCUUCUUGGCUGGAGCCGCAAGGCGAAGCAGGACAAGAGCAGAGACAGUGCCCAGCCCUGUACCCUAGCGGGGGCUGCUGCAACCUCCCCUGACCCACAGGCACUGCCUUCACCCCCUGAGAGCCCAGGGUGGCCGUGAGGGGCCGCUCCUUGUACACCUUGCCAGGUACAGGCUCCAGCUAUCUGGGAGCAGCCGUCAUGCCCUCCCCAAUCCAGAGAACCUUCAGCCGCCCACUGCCUGAGGCUGUGUGGGGUGUGCCUGCCUGCCCAUUAAAGACCAGGAGGAGAAGAGCGGGGUCUGGGCCCAGUGCUGGGGGCUGUGACCAUUUCACCCACACAGGAGCAUCCCAGUCCCCUCUGGGCAGUCCUCACACACCCAAGUCACCAUCUGGAGCAGCAAGGGGUGGGCUGAAGGGGCUUAGCACAGUCUCUGCCUGCAGAGUCCCCGAAGAUGCUGUCCUGGGGAGCCGGGACUGAUGCUGCCCCUGCCACAGGCUCCCUCGGCUGGGCCAUCCCCUGACCACCGUACAGGGUCCUGUCCACCCUGAUGAUGCCCUGGGCAUGGACCCUCCAGUUUCAUCCGUGGCCUGAGUCAAGCUCCCGCCAUUCUAGCUAGACAGGGCUCACCGCUGCACACCUACAGGCCUCCCUUCCUGCCCUGCUCCUGGUCCCCAGGGGGGUGGGCUGAGGACCUGGGCUCCAGGGGGUGCUGACAAGGGCUACGUGGGCAGGUCAGAGCUGCACCCAGGAGAAACCAUGGGAGGGCUCUCCCCUGAGGGCCCCAGGAUCACCCUCCUCCCAGCCCUGGACCAGAACAGGGUUGGCCAGGAGUUGCCCCCAGUGGCCACAAGGGGGCAGCAGCUACCUGCUCAGCAGGCAAGAGGUGGUUCUUCAGGCAGGUGCAGGUUUGGGAAGGGGCAGGUAGCACACCCAGGAAAGCAAGCAGCCCCCCUUGCAGUCUAAGACCCCUGCGCUCUCAUCCGGUCCCUUCCAAGGGUCCCCAGGUGGGAGCAGCCUGCUCUGCAUCAGAGCUCUGGGUCCAGGGUCCUGCGUCUGUCACAUGCGUGUUUCUGCAUUAGUGCCGGUCUUGGGGCAGGGGUAUGUGAGUGUGGGCUAUGGGGGGCUCAGGGGAAAGGCCUGCCUAAGUCUGGGGGCAGCCCGAGUGCUUCCCUCCUCGGGAGAAUCCUGUCUCAGCAGAACGGCCAAGGUCACGGGUCUCCUGAGCACUUAUUAAUUUGAUUAAUAAAACUGUGUGUCAAAGAGGUUAUUACUUGCUAAUCAG